CUUUUAGAGGAUGACAGCCGCCGCAUGUGCUUGUGACUGCCAUCCUGCACCCACUGUCUCCUCCAAUACCCUCCUCUCUGCCCACCAUCCUAGGGACCAGGGGGGGUGUGUGCCAUGGCACAGGGAUUCUCAGUGCUCAGAGGAAGAACCCUCCCUCCCCUCCCCGCACACAAUAGGCUCCAUGUCUAAUUCUUGGUGGGAAUGCCAUAGAGCGGCUCACCUGUCUCCUGCAGUCGGUGGGUGAAUCGCUGCGAUUUGGGAUCGGCGCUGCUGCUGCCGAGGAGAAGGAUAGCCAUGGGUCAGCAUGCCUAGCCGGGGAGGGCUCCGGCAAUGGAGCUCUGGGGGAUCGCCGGCUGCUCCCUGGUGGUGCUGAUGAUGGUGGCUGCGCUGCUGUCCAACGGCGUGGUGCUGAUCUGCUUCCUGAGCUGUUCCGACAUCCGCGGCCAGGUCCCGGGACUCUUCACCCUCAACCUGACCCUGUGCAACCUUCUACUCACCGUCAUCAACAUGCCCCUGAGCCUGGCAGGGGGCAUCCGGGGCCACCAACCUGGAGGGGAAGGUCUGUGCCGGGCUGUGGGCUUCUUGGAAACUUUCCUGACCACCAACUCUAUGCUGAGCAUGGCUGCCCUCAGCAUUGACCGGUGGGUGGCCGUGGUCUUCCCUCUGAGCUAUCACUCCAAGAUGAGGUACCAGGACGCUGCCCUCAUCCUCCUCUACUGCUGGAUCCACUCCCUGUCCUUCCCCACUGUGGCCCUGUGCCUGUCCUGGGUGGGCUUCCACCAGGUGUAUGGUUCCUGCACCCUCCAUCACAAGGAACCUGAGAAAGAGGACUCCUUUGUGGCUUUCAUUGUGUCCUUCCACCUGCUCAGCUACCUGCUGUCCUUCCUGGUCCUGUGUGUCACUUACCUGCAGGUGCUGAAGGUAGCUCGCUCCCAUUGCAGGAGGAUUGAUGUUAUCACAAUGCAGACUCUGGUGCUCCUGGUGGACCUGCACCCCAGUGUGAGGCAGAGAUGUCUGGAGGAGCAGAAGAGGAGGAGGCAAAGAGCCACCAAGAAAAUCAUCACAUUCAUUGGAACAUUUCUGCUUUGUUUUACUCCAUAUGUAAUUACCAGGUUGGUCGAAAUUUCCUCUUCCACCACCAUAAAUCCUCAGUGGGGCAUCAUAAGUCGGUUUGUGGCAUACAGCAAAGCGUUGUCGGAUCCAUUCGUGUAUUGUUUAUUACGGAACCAGUAUAAGACCUGCUGCCGAGACAUGGUCAACAAACUCUUGAAACGCAGCUCUGGCAAUUCCUCCGCGCGAAGGGUCAACUCUUACGUAGGACAUUUGGUGCCAACCACUUCUGAGUAAAUAACCUCUGAGAACUACAAGAACCCAUUUUGCCAAGCAGACAAAAAUGAGAACUACGGACUCUAAAUGGAAUAUAAUCCCUAUUUUAUGUUGCUGUAAUUUAUUGCCUUAAUUUAUUAUGAAACGUUUGUGUUCCUUUAGGGAAAGAACUUUUUCUGCGGGAUAUCAUUCUCAGAUUCCUUGACCAAUUUUCAGUCCACCGCAGAAAAAUGUUCCAGACUCGUAUACCAGGUUAUACGGAACACAGAAGCACUGAUCAAUAAUUCAAAUCUGCCUACUUGUACAUUUCCAUUAAUUUGUGGAUCUGUCUCUGCAGGUACUCUCUACUACUUGACUCAGAACAUUUGAUGACUUGGAUAAUGUUGCUUGUUGACAAUCGUAUGUUUGAGUAAAGGUCACCAUUUGCUCAAAAUA